GAAAUAUCUUAUCAUGAUUCAACCAAAAGACAAUAUAUUUAAUGAGCAAAACCAACGCCUAAAGUUUGGGCUACUUAAUAUUAGAUCACUAAAUCCAAAAGCAGUUAUUGUAAAUGAAAUGAUCACAGACAACAGUUUUGAUAUACUUUGCCUCACUGAAACCUGGCUUAAGCCAAAUGAUUAUUUUGGUCUAAAUGAGUCUACUCCUCCAAGCUACGGUUAUAUUCAUGAGCCACGUCCGGUUGGUCGAGGUGGUGGUGUCGCAACAAUCUUUAGAGACUUUCUUACAGUUACUCGGAGAACAAUGCAUACAUUUAAAUCAUUUGAAAUGCUUGCGUUGAACAUAACAGUUCCAAACAAAAGUAAAAAAUCAUUGGUCUCUCUUACAUUGGUUACUGUGUAUAGACCCCCUGGGCCUUACACUAAUUUUCUGAUAGAGUUCGCAGACUUCUUAUCGGAUCUAUUGGUUAACGUCGAUAAAGUACUGAUUGUUGGAGAUUUUAAUAUCCACGUAGACAGUGCUAACGAUCCAUUAGCUGUGGCGUUUAAAGAACUACUAGACUCUUGUGGUGUAACACAAUACAUCAAUAGACCUACUCAUCGCCUUAAUCAUACCCUAGACUUGAUUAUAUCUCACGGAGCCGAUCUAACCAUUAUCGAUAUUAUACCUCAAAGCGACGAUGUUUCCGAUCACCAUCUUAUAAUAUGUACACUGCGCACUGCAGAAAUCAGUUGUAUAUCUCGUUAUCGACAAGGUAGAACAAUCACCUCAACUACUAAAGAUAGUUUCGUAAAGAACUUGCCAGAUCUGACUUCUCUAAUAACCUUUCCAACGAAUAUAAAAUUGCUCGAUGACAUGACCAGCAACAUGGGCACUAUUUUCUCUAAUACAUUAGAAGCGGUCGCACCUAUGAAGUCAAAAAGGAUAAAUGAAAAGAACAUAGCACCAUGGUAUGAUAACACCACUCGCGCCCUAAAAAGAGAAACGCGUAAACGGGACCGAAAAUGGAAACAAACCCAAUUAGAGGUCUUUAAAAUUGCAUGGAAAGAGAGUGCAAGCUGUUACAAAAAGGCACUAAAAGCAGCAAAAGCCGAGCACUUCCGUAACCUCAUAGAAAAUAACAAAAACAAUCCAAGGUUUUUAUUUAGUACAAUUGCUAAAUUAACAAACAAACAGACUCCACCUGACCUGGGUAUUCCGCCGCACCUUGGUAGCAAUGAAUUCAUGAAAUUUUUUACCGAGAAAAUCGAAAUAAUACGAGACAACAUAGCUAAAACCAAACCUCCAAGUUUGUCGGAAGAAUUAGUUUCAACCGUCACCCAAAAAGAAAAGCUAGAGUGUUUUUCUCCUAUAAAUCAGGAAGAUUUAAUUAAAAUUAUUGCAACAUCCAAACCGACGACAUGCUUAUUAGACCCCAUUCCGACUACUCUAUUAAAAGAGUUACUACCUGCUGUAAUUGAGCCCAUUUGUAACAUAAUCAACUCGUCUAUUAAUCUAGGACAUGUCCCAGGACCCUUUAAACUGGCUGUAAUUAAGCCUCUUAUCAAAAAAACAAAUUUAGACCCAAAUGAACUUGGAAGCUAUAGACCGAUUUCAAAUCUCCCGUACUUGUCAUAAAUACUAGAAAAAGUAGUGUCAACUCAACUGUGUACCUUCCUACAAAAUAAUGACAUGCACGAAAAGUUUCAGUCUGGCUUUAGACCGCAUCACAGCACUGAAACUGCGCUCGUUAGAAUUACAAAUGACCUUCUUAUUGCUUCAGAUAAAGGAAACAUCUCACUCUUAGUCCUGCUUGACCUUAGUGCUGCUUUCGAUACUGUAGACCAUAAAAUACUACUAGAUCGUUUACACCAUUAUAUCGGUAUUCAGGGACAGGCACUGCAAUGGUUCAGAUCUUACUUAACAGACCGAUAUCAAUACGUCCAUUUAAAUGUGAAAUCGUCAAAUCUUACGCAAGUCAAUUAUGGAUUACCUCAGGGAUCGGUUUUAGGACCCUUGCUUUUCUCCAUAUACAUGCUGCCCCUCGGCAACAUUAUUAGAAAACAUGGAAUUAGCUUCCACUGUUAUGCAGAUGAUACUCAGCUAUAUAUCUCAUCAAGACCAGAUGAUUCCUUUAAGCUAUCCAAACUGGCAGAGUGCAUCGAGGACAUAAAACAUUGGAUGACUAGUAAUUUCCUCCUAGUAAUUUAAACUCUAGCAAAACAGAAAUAUUACUUAUAGCACCAAAAUUAAGUAAACCGAAUAUCUCCGAUUACAGCCUGCAAAUUGAAAGCUGCACUGUUACUCCAACAAAUACAGUUAAAGACCUAGGCUAUAUAUUAGACGGCAACCUGUCAUUUAAAAAUCACAUCUCAAAUAUCACAAAAACAGCCUUCUUCCACCUUAGAAAUGUUGCCAAAUUACGAAAUAGUUUAUGUGUUGCAGACGCAGACGCAGAAAAGCUUAUUCAUGCAUUUGUGACCUCACGGCUUGACUAUUGUAAUGCUCUACUUAGCGGUUGUCCUGUAUCAUCGAUAAACAAACUACAGUUAGUUCAGAAUGCAGCUGCCAGAGUUCUUACUAGGUCAAGAAAAUACGAUCACAUAACCCCAGUUUUAUCAUCGCUUCACUGGCUACCCAUUAAGUAUCGCAUUGAUUUUAAAAUUAUUUUAAUUACUUACAAAGCCCUGAACGGUUUAGCACCUACUUACUUAACCGAGCUUUUAUCACGUUACAACCCAUCACGCUCGCUGAGAUCUCAAAACUUAGGACUUUUGACAAUACCUAGAAUAACAAAAUCCACCAAAGGUGGACAAGCUUUCUCAUACGUAGCACCUAAACUCUGGAAUAGCCUUCCUGAUACUUUUCGAGGGUCAGACACACUCUCCCAAUUUAUAUCUAGAUUAAAGACACAUCUUUUCAGCCAAGCUUUCACUUAAUGCAUAGUUAAUGAACAGCAGCUACGCUAAUUAUUCUCUUUAUUCUCUUUCCGCCUCUGCCUCGGGAUGCCCAUCCCGAGGUAGGAAGAAGUUCCACCAUGUCCAGACGACCGACAGAUGCCCAUCCCCAUGCCCAUCCCGAGGUAGGAAGAAGUUCCACCAUGUCCAGACGACCGACAGAUGCCCAUCCCCAAUUUGAGAUUACACCAGAUACAGCUGCAGACUGACUGACCAUCCCAGCUCCAUCUAAGGCAAUUCCACCAGCUGCCAAGAGAAAUAUGACCAUCGGACCAUCCCAGCUCAGACCACUACAUCCCCAACCAAGAGCAAAGACGGACUAUUUGUCUUAUUAAUGCUGAAGUUACAAUAUUUGGUAUUAAAUGCUAAACUAAAAUCACAUGUCACCAGUCUGAGUGCAGCUAUGACACCUCAGAGGGGAUCUGGCCCUCCCGGUUGAGCCUGGUUUCUCCCGAGGUUUUUUUCUCCAUUAAUCAAUCAUUGGAGUUUGGGUUCCUCGCCACAGCAGGGCAGUGUUGGCCUGCUCACCGGGAGACUGCAUUCAUUCAUUUAUUUAUUUAUUUAUUUAGAAAUUAGAUGUUAUUUAUUAGAAUGAACUUACUCGUUGUAUAAAUACCAUGCACUGUGCUGUGUUUUAACUUUUCUGUUUUUC